UCAGUUUCGUUCUUUGGAUAUAAUAAAUCCGUGUACUGCUCUAAACAUGUACUAUCCUUCAGUCGAUGGUCGCCCUGGUAUCCUUACUAUCUUACCUCUUUCCCUUGUUGUCAUCAUAGCCCUCAGGCGGUUUACUAACAACCGACAGAACAAACCUUGCCCUCCUGGCCCAGUGCCGCUCCCACUGUUAGGAAACAUCUUAUCUAUUAACACCAACGAGCCUUGGCUGUCGUAUACCGAAUGGGGUGCUGCCUAUGGAGACUUGGUUUUCGUGCGACUUCUAGGCCAGGAAGUCAUAUCGAUCAAUUCACAGCACGUUGCAGAAGCCUUGUUGGACAAGCGUUCUGAUAUUUACUCUGAUCGACCAUACUUACCCACAGCCGAACAAUUUGGCUGGUCCGCGAUCACCUUUGCAUUUACAGGCUAUGGUGACGAAUGGCGUCUUUCCAGACGACUCUUCCACCAAGCUUUUCGUUCUAGCUCUGCACUCAAGCUUCGCCCGAUGCAGAUCAGACGAGCUCGUGAGAUGAUCGUCAACCUAAUCGAUCACCCUCAACAUUAUCAUAAUCACUUCGCAACGUUCUCGUCAUCAGUCGGGAUGUCUGUUAUAUAUGACUACCAGCCCAGCGCACGUGAUGACCCCCUGGUUCGAAUGUUGGAAGAUACAGUGGCUGUUGGCCUUGAGAUGACGACUCCGAAGAAUGCAACCUUGCUUCAACUCUUCCCCUUCUUACUGAAGUUACCUGACUGGUGCUGGGGAUCCUCGAUCAAACGUGCUGCUCAAAAAUCGACUAAUCGUAUGAAUGAAAUGAGGGACUUGCCGUUUCAACCUACGCAGCAGCAUAUGGCUGGAAACUCGUUCCUCGGUCAGUCUUCAAUGGUCACAGAAAAUUUGCAGCGGAUGGAGAGGCAAGACGAGGCGUCCAAGCCGAUGUUCGAGAUUGCCCUGAAGAGGACAGUUGCAGCUGGUGUUAUGCAGUCAUAUGAGACGACUUCUUCGACUUUGAUGGUUUUUGUUCUCGCCAUGGUGUUGCAUCCAGAUUUUCAGAGACGCGCACAAGCGGAAAUCGACUCGGUGAUCGGAAGAGAUCGCUUACCUACGUUCGAGGACCGAGCAUCACUACCCUAUGUUGAAUCCAUUGUGCGGGAGACUUUCCGAUGGCAUCCCAUUCUACCCCUCGGCGUUCCACAUGCCACCUCGAGUGAUGAUACAUACGAUGGUCAUUUCAUUCGGAAAGGAACGACCGUCAUGUGUAACAUCUGGUCAGAUAGAUACUUCUCAGGUUCCAAGAUACUGAUGUCUCAUUGCAGGGCCAUUUCACGGGACGAAAAACGGUACCCUAAUGCAUCUCAUUUUAUGCCGGAGAGGUUCCUAGACGUCAACGGCGCGUUAACGGAUGAUGAUCCCGCGGGAUACGUUUUUGGUCUAGGCCGGCGCGCAUGUCCAGGGCGGUAUGCCGGUGAUGCCUCUGUGUGGUCUGGUAUCGUGACUAUGUUAGCCACGAUGGACUUUUCUUUUGCCAAGGAUGACCAGGGCAAAGUGAUCGACUUCAUCCCUGAAUUCAACCCGGGACUCGUUCGCUCCUUGAUGCACUUCCCUUGCAAUAUUUCACCACGUUCUCAUGUCCAUUCAGGACUUGAGGAUCUUCUCUGAUCCGGGUUCCAAAAUGUAUACAAACUCGCCUAUUAGAAAGUGGGUAACACAUAAGCAUGCCUCGCAAGGUGCAGUUUGCGGGACGCUCAGUUCAUGAAUUGAAGCUCAAAAGAAGUCAACGUGUACACUAUGCAUCAUGUAUUCGGUUAUACUCGUCCGUAUGUGGUAUGAUUGAUUUGAGGUGCCGAUGGCCAUAUCGAUAUGCUGUACCCGGCUAUGCGAUUCCUCGAACGUACCAACUCUCAAACACUCUGAAGAAACGUGUUAAAUGAG